UUUUUAAGUCUCUGCUGUGACCGGAAAUGCUUACAAUAAAGCUGCCUCAGAUCUUCAGGAUCCACCAAGUACCUCGUAUCUUCUGGGAAGAUGGCAUCAUCUCGGGCUACCGUCACCCCAAAAGCUCCGCCCUGGACUGCAUCCUCAGCUCUUUCCAAAUGAACAAUGAAACCAUCAACAUUUGGACACAUUUUCUCCCCACCUGGUAUUUCUUAUGGCGAUUCCUGAUGUUGUCCUACUGUCUGGAUUUUUGGCGUGAUACCUACAGUUGGCCCUUCCUGGCCUAUAUGUGGCUUGUUUGCCUCUACCCCUUCACAUCCAGCUGUGCCCACACUUUCAGCACCAUGUCGACCCACGCCAGGCACAUCUGUUACUUCUUGGACUAUGGAUCGCUCAGCCUCUACAGUUUAGGCUGCGCUUUCACGUAUGGAGCCUAUACAAUGCCCGAUCGCUGGGUGAACGGCCCUUUGCACCAUUACUUUGUCCCCGUGGCCGCCUUUAAUUCCUUUGUCUGCACAAGCCUCUCUUGUUACUCCCGAUUCCUGGAACUGGAGUGCCCUCCUCUGAGCAAGACCUUGAGGACAGCAGCUUUUGUCUACCCUUUCAUCUUUGACAACAUACCGCUGUUCUACCGGCUUUUCUUCUGUUUUGAUGAAGACUGUACUUGGAAUGACGCCAUAGUCGGUUACUUCUAUCACCUUUUCUUCGCCCUCCUCACCGGCUUCCUCUUUGCAUCCCACCUGCCGGAACGCCUGGCUCCAGGUCGCUUCGAUUACAUUGGGCACAGCCACCAGCUGUUCCACAUCUGCGCGGUGGUGGGCACCCAUUUCCAACUGGAAGCCGUCUUGUGCGACUUGCACUUGCGCCGGGACUGGCUGAGCACCCAUGCGCCGGUGUCCACUUUCACGUGCACUUUCGCCACCCUCGGCACCGCCCUGCUGGGGAACCUGGUUCUGAUUGCGUUCUUCACCGUCACCCUCCUCCGCUCCUCCGUCACCGCCACGAUCCUGCAGAGCACGCUCUCCGAGGCGGAGCGACACAAGGACAAGUGA